GGAGGUCUUUUGGCUUUUUUGGCGGAGUCGAGGCGCCCUCCGGAAGCUUUUCCAACUUUCCAGAAGUUUCUCGGGCGGCCGGGAGGGGGAGGCCAUAUAUAGAUUCAGGGAGCGGGCGAACGAGUGGAAAGUACAUUCCAUCUGCGGCUGGAGAGUGAGCCUCCCGUCGCAGGGACAGCAGAGCUCGGCCCAGAAUGAAAAAGGCAGGCAGUGACCCCCCUCUGAGGCAGUUUCAAGGUCCAGCGAAGUGUACAAAACCCACCUCCCAGCCAUGCGCUCUCUCCUGCUCAUCAGCACCUUUUGUUUCCUGGGCUUGGCCCUGGCCGCAGAGGUGAAGAAGCCUGGGGCAGUGGCGGCAGCUCCUGGCACUGCGGAAAAGCUGAGCCCUAAGGCGACCACGCUGGCGGAGCGCAGUGCUGGCUUGGCCUUCAGCCUAUACCAGGCUAUGGCCAAGGACCAGGCGGUGGAGAAUAUCCUACUGUCGCCUGUGGUGGUGGCCUCAUCACUGGGACUUGUGUCUUUGGGUGGCAAGGCAGCCACGGCAUCGCAGGCCAAAGCAGUGCUGAGCGCGGAGCAGCUGCGAGACGAGGAGAUGCACGCGGGCCUCGGAGAACUACUGCGUGCGCUCAGUAACAACACUGCGCGCAACGUGACCUGGAAGCUGGGCAGCCGGCUGUACGGGCCCAGCUCUGUGAGCUUCGCUGAUGACUUCGUGCGCAGCAGCAAACUGCACUACAAUUGCGAGCACUCCAAGAUCAACUUCCGAGACAAGCGCAGCGCUUUGCAGUCCAUCAACGAGUGGGCUGCGGAGACCACGGACGGCAAGCUGCCUGAGGUCACCAAAGAUGUGGAGCGCACGGAUGGCGCCCUGCUGGUCAAUGCCAUGUUCUUCAAGCCACACUGGGACGAGAAAUUUCACCAUAAGAUGGUGGACAACCGUGGCUUCAUGGUGACCCGGUCCUAUACUGUGGGCGUUACGAUGAUGCACCGCACAGGCCUCUACAACUACUUUGACGAUGAAAAGGAGAAACUGCAAAUUGUGGAGAUGCCCCUGGCCCACAAGCUCUCCAGCCUUAUCAUCAUCAUGCCUCACCAUGUGGAGCCCCUUGAGCGCCUUGAAAAGCUGCUGACCAAGGAACAGCUGAAGAUCUGGAUGGGGAAGAUGCAGAAGAAGGCUGUUGCCAUCUCCCUGCCCAAGGGUAUGGUAGAGGUGACCCAUGACCUACAGAAACACCUGGCUGAGCUGGGCCUGACUGAAGCCAUCGACAAGAACAAGGCAGACUUGUCACGUAUGUCAGGCAAGAAGGACCUGUACCUGGCCAACGUGUUCCAUGCUACCGCCUUCGAGUGGGACACAGAGGGCAACCCCUUUGACCAGGACAUCUACGGGCGUGAAGAGCUCCGCAGCCCCAAGCUGUUCUAUGCUGACCACCCCUUCAUCUUCCUGGUGCGAGACACCCAGAGUGGCUCCCUGCUGUUCAUUGGGCGCCUGGUUCGGCCCAAGGGUGACAAGAUGCGUGAUGAGUUGUAGGACCCCAGGGCAGGCACGGGAUGUCAGGAGACAGUCGAAGGCUCCUGAGACAUAUGGGUGCUAUGAUGGGGGGUAGGGGGGUGGGGAUCUAAGGUACUGGCCUUGGACAUUCCAUGG